CCUAAAGGGGAGCUAGAUAGAUAAAACAGGAAAGCACUGCUUAUCUGUAUUUUAAUUCAUUCAUUUUCAACUGAAUCAAGAAACCAUGGGUAAUCCAUUUUCUGCUCCUGUACCCACUGUUCCUAGAGGUGAAGACCUGAGAAUUGUGAUGAUUGGAAAAACUGGAGUGGGGAAAAGUGCUGUUGGAAACACCAUCCUGGGUAAAAAUUCAUUUAAAUCUGUAGCCAGUUUUGACUCUGUCACUGACACUUGUGAAAAAUAUCAAAUGUAUGAAAACAGAAACAUACAUGUGGUGGACACACCAGGGAUUUUAGAUACAAAGAAACCUCCAGAGGAAAUCAAAAAGGAGAUAAUGAAGUGUGUUCAGGUGUCAUCUCCCGGUCCUCAUGUCUUCCUGCUGGUGAUUCAGCUGGGCAGAUAUACCAAAGAAGAACAGAAUGCUGUGGAGGCCCUGGAGAAACUCUUCGGACCAGAGGCCUCCAAGUACAUGAUUGUAGUGUUUACUCGAGGUGAUCAACUUCAGGAUAAAACACUACAAGAGGUCGUACUCAAGGGUCCUGCAAAGCUCAGGGAGGCGAUUCAACGAUGUGGUGGCAGAUUCCAGGCUUUUGACAAUACAGAUUCCGGUAGGCAGAAUAGAAGUCAAGUUGUUGAGCUGAUCAAGAAGAUUGAUGACAUGCUGGCAGCAAAUGGAGGAGGGCACUACACUGACGAAAUGUAUAAAGAGGCAGAGAAAAUGAUUAAACAGCAAAACGUCCCGAGGGAAGAGGCAGAGAAAAAAGAAUACCCAUUCACAUUCCUUUCUGCUCUCCUGACAAGAAUUGCUUUGUAUCGAUUAAUACUUGAGAGGGAGAUUGACAUGUGAUUGUGAAUACAAUGUGAACAGAUAGGUGGAAGGAAACAGCCAUAUAUCAAUAACUGUUGUAAAUUGAAUAACUAAUUGUCCCGAUAAACAAUUGGAAAAAUAAAAAAAUAUGUAAUUUGUAUAGCAUAUUUCUUUGUCAGUCUUAUAUCAAUACUAACUGUCUCUUUUUAGCGUGUAAGACCAAUAUCCAUUUGAAAAUUGACUAACAACAAAUGUAAGUGGAAAAUGUUGGUGUUAAAUAUAAAUAUCAAAUAAAAUACAAAACAGUACUCUUA